UUUGGCGGGUAUGCAUCACCGAUUCUUAUCUGCAUGGUCCACCAGCGGGCCCAAGUGUGAGAACUUUUGGCACUUCGUACGCUAGAUGGUGGUGAAGCAGCAGAUCCUCUGAGAACAUUAUCAUUGCUGAUCUGACGACGCUGUACUUGGAAAUGCCCCUCGAGCGCACCCUCGAGCAUCGUGGCGCCCGCAUUGUCCGCCGUGUACAAGAAGGAACGGGUGACCAGGAUGCUCGCAUGCAUGGCCAGCGGGGAGAAGCUUCCUUUGUGUGAGUCGCUGUCCCCCCUGACAGGAGCAGCUCGGCAUGGCAGCACGGCACGUGACGUCAGUAGUGCUGCCCGCAUGUCAGCCUUGCUGAGUCGCAGGACGUAACAGGUGCCGCAAGAAAUUGCUUACGUUGCGUUUCAGAGCUCCUUGGUCUCGGCGAUAUUUGUGAUACGUUUUGGUCGUCGGCUGGAGUGUCAACGAUCCCAUAGUUUCAGCUCGUUGACCCGCUCUCUAGCCCUUACACCCACGUCAGUUGGAUCGGAUUUAGGUUUGGACGGCAUCGACGGCAUCAUCGCCGUGGUAGCUUUGUCUGCUGAUGCCGUUUUAACGCCCAGACCCGCUUUGGCUCUUAGACCCGCGUGAGCUCUUGACCCACCUUAGCGUUUGCGUUGACGUCUGAAGCUUCAGAUGGCGGCGUCGGCGGCGCCGUCGCCGCGGUGGCUGUGCCAGAUGUGCGGCACGCGGCUCGAGCUCACGGGGCUGGACGGGCUCGCUCAUAGCGCGUCGUCGCUCGGCCAAUCAGCGGACGCGAUGGGCGCGUCGCGGUGCGGGCCGCACGCCGCGAGUUCCGCGUCGAUGCUCGAUCAGUCGUUCGUCGUCCUGCCGCCGAACUCCGCCGCGAUUCACGGCGGCGCCCCUCACGCUUCUCCUCAUGCAGGCACCGGCGGACAGAUCAGACCGUCGAUUAGUACUGCUCAGACGAAUACUCCGCCGUUGAUUCCGCGACCACCUGCGGGUGGUGCCGUUACUGCUGCUGCUGCUUCUAGUUCCUCUGCUGCUGCUGCUGCUGCUCCCGCUGUGGGUUCAGCUGGUGUGGCCAAUCCAGCGGCCAUCCCGGAAGAGCAGCAGCAGAAGCAGCCGCAGCAGAAGCAGCCGCAGCAGCAGCAGAUUCAGCAGCAUCCGCAGCACAGACCAUUAGCUGCUCAGUCUCAGUCUCAGUCUCAGUCUCAGUCUCAGUCUCAGUCUCAGUCUCAGUCUCAGUCUCAGUCUCAGUCUCAGUCUCAGUCUCAGUCUCGGUCUCAGUCUCAGUCUCAGUCUCAGUCUCGGUCUGUGAUUCCAUAUCAGUCUCAGUAUCAGGCUCAUCUCCAACAACAGUCACAGGGACCAAUCAGAGCCGCACAUCUGCCGUCUAUUGGUGGGCACCCAGCCUUCCAAUCACCUUCGGGACGCAGGGCUCCCCCUUCUCGCCUGGACGAGUCGUUUGUGGUGCUCCCCGGGUCUGCGGCUUCAGUCUACGGCGCUCCUGCCCUCCCCCAUGCCCCCACCCCCUCCUCCCAUUCUCCUGCCUUCACCAGCGCUCCCACAGCCGCUUAUGUCCGCCCCUCGUCCCAGACCCACCCCUUCCCCCUGCCGCCCACCAUCACCGCCAGUGCUGCUAGUGCAUCAGCAGUUGCCAUCCCUCCCGCCUCACCCAUUGCUGCUGCUGCUGCCGCUGCUGCUCCCUCCCAAGGACUGGUUGCAGCAGCAGUAGCGGUGACAGCAGCAGCUGCUGCUGCUGCGUCUGCGUCUGCGGCUGCUGGUGCUGCUGCCAUGGCUGCUAGUGCUGGAGAUGCUGCUUCUGCUGCUGCUUUCACCACCGAACCGGGGAGGUCAGGUCCGGAUACUUGGCAUGAAAACCGGAGCGAAAGCAGAGCUUCGGAACAGAUACAGGCUGAGACGCCAGGUGCAGCUGCUGCUGAUGAGGAGAGAAGGAGAGGGGGUGCUGAAGAGGGUGCAAGGAGAGAUAAUGUGGAGGAGGGCGGUGCAGGGGGGGGUGGUAUGAUGGGAGGGGCAGGGAGAGGAGACGGUGGAGGGACGAGCGGAGAGAAGAUGAGCGUGAUGGUAACCAGAGCAAUAACCGGCAGCAGCAGCAGCAGCAAGAGGAAGAAGGAAGCAGCGGAAGGCUUUCAUAUGGAAUUGGACCUCCUGGAGGUGGGGAUGGUGCUGCUGCAGAGAGGCCGUCAAGGGAACCCCUAGCCGGCGUGGGGCUGCCUGCUGGUGGUGGUGGUGGUGCGGCUGCUGCAGAAGCAGCAGCAAAUGGGCCGUCCAGGGAGUCCCAAGCAGGCGUGGGACUGCCUGCUGCUGCUGCUGCUGCUGCUGGUGCAGAGAGUCCGUCGAGAUACCCCCAGGCAGGUGUCGGGCUGCACGCGCAGAUAGAGGCUUUGGACCGCGUGUUCGACCUGGUGGCGCUCAAGACCAAGGUGGAGAUGCCCCUCUGCUGCCACUGCGCCUCGCACGUGUGCCGCGAGAUCGACGCCCAGGUGACGGAAGCAGAGGAGGAGAUAGCAGCCUACGAAGCAGCGCUGCAGUCCAUUCUCGCCUCCACCCCUUCCUCCUCCUCAACCCCGUACUACUCCUUACCAGUCACCCAUGUCGACACUCCUUUUCCCCCAACUGCCAUGGCUCCCAUGGCUCCCAUGGGGGACAAUAACUUCGAGCAGCACAUGGCCGAAGUGGAAGUGGAGGAGCGAAGACUGCAGCAGGAGCAGCAGCAGCUGCUGCAGCAGAGGGAGCAGCUGAGGGCGCAACUGGGGGAGGUGGAAGCAGAGCAGGCGGAGCUAGACGCUGCUGAGGAGAGCUACUGGCACGAGUUCAACGAGUUCCAAUACCACGUGUCUGUGCACCAGGAGACGCGUGAUGCCCUCCUUGCGUCCAUAGAAGUGGCAGCAGCGCAGUCGGAGGCUCUGAGGCGCAGCUUUGUGCUCAACGACGCGUUCCACAUCUGGCACGAGGGGGAGUUCGGCACCAUCAACAACCUGCGAUUAGGAAGGCUACCAUCCGUACCGGUGGAGUGGGAGGAGCUCAACGCUGCAUGGGCCAGGCCUGCCAUCUGCUCUUCACUCUCGCACGCAUCGCCAACUGCCCUGUCGCCCAUCGGAUCAUCCCUAUGGGCAGCUUUCCUCGAAUAUCUGACGGCCACAACCAGUUUGAGCUCUUUGGCCCAGUGAAUCUGUUUUGGAGCACGCGCUACGACCGCGCCAUGCUGCUCUUCCUGCAGUGCCUCAAGGAGUUUGCAGACUUUGCCAACGCCCAUGACCGUGCCAACCACCUCCCGCCCGAAAAGUCCUUCCAACUGCCCUACAAGAUCGAGGGUGACAAGAUCCAAGGGCUGACAGUGAAGCAGAGCUUCAACCGCGAUGAGCGGUGGACCAAGGCGCUCAAGUACCUGCUGUGUGACUCAAGUGGGCGCUCGUGUGGACCAUGAACAACUUCCACCCGCCCUCCCCACCCCGCCCCCUGCCAUCAUCAACCUGGCUUCGCAAAUAGAGCCUCUCAGCCUUGCCUUUGCUGGAACGAGAGCCAUGUGAGACACACUAUGUAUGUGCAACUUUGGGCACAUGGUAAGUGAACAUUUGGAAGUUGGUUGGACAAAACUGUACAUAAAUGUAGCUUGUUACGAUAGUGGUUUUUUACAGCAGUUUCAUAUUAUGGACCUCAAAUUUCCUCCAACGGAAAUGUACUAUCGAUUAUUUCAGUGACAAACGACGAGACAUUCCGGGCCAAUUCAAGUAA